CAGAUACCGCGCUAACUUGCGGAAGGUGCGCACCGGUUAAACCUACGCCCGCCAUCGUGUUCUCUGUCCCUUCUUUGAUCUGCCCUUGAUGCCGUCUAGGGCACUUCUAUUCUGAAAUCUCUAGAAAACCCAACUGCAAAAAACCAUCUCCUCCUUUUUGAAUCCACUAAAGCCUAAUCUUUUUUCUCUUUCAAUUCUGAGAAAUUCCUCUCUUCCGCCCUAAAAAAAUUAAAAAACUACGAACUGGUCAUUACAAAGAGAAGAUGAUGGAAGAGGAGAUGAAGAAGAAGAGGGUUGAAUCUUUGGGAUGGCUGACAGAGUCUACGAUAAUGCCGAAGAAGCACAAGGCGAUUGAAGGCGUCGGCGCUUCGUCCAUCUUGGAGCUCAAGGCACAGCUCUACAAGACCCAAGAAGAGGCUAAGAAGACCAAGGACUUGCCUCCUGAUGUCGAAUUCCAUCGCGCCAAGAAGAAGAUUGUCCCUCACGAUGUCUUCGCCCAGAAGAAUUCCGGUGUAGAGAACCGCGCUCACCGGGACAAAAUGGAGCUAAAAGCAGUAAAUGAUGGUUCAGCUAGCUAUGCAGCUUUAGAGAAGAAGGCUGAGUUAUAUGAUAAACUAGUGAGAGGGGAGCUUCCUGAUGAGGAAGAGAAGGAGAAGUACUGCGUAGAUUUUCUCCAGAAGAGCCUCGUACAGGAUGAGUCUGAGCAGCCAGAAGGAAACAAUGGCCCUCCCGAAACAUCAGCCGAGAACGAAGAUGGUGACACCGAUGCUAUGCUGCUAAAUGCAAAACCUGUUGGACCUGGCCGGACAGGAAUUUCAAUAAACAAUGAUGAACACAAGCGCUUCAUAAGGGAGGUUCAUGAAGAGGCAAACCAAGCCAGAGAAAAGGUGUCUGAGCUCAAACUACGUAGGCAAGCACAGGCAACCACCCACAGGGAGAAAUUAAGGCAGGCGUAUCUCAGAAAGCAGCUGGAGAAACUGAAAGCUGCAAAAACACAAGAAUCAGGUGAAAACAAGAACUGAUUGCAUGGGAAGAGAAAUGGCCUUGUUCUUCCUCAGGUGGGCUGUGAUUGAUAGAGUCAUGCUCAUUUGGAGUGUUAUCUGUUGGAAGCUUAACCAAAGAUGGUUAUGGGCUGAAAGAUUACUGCUUCAUAAAUGUUUUCUCCACUUCUCAGUAGAAGCAGUGAUAAGGAACUAAAUUAACGGUGCAAAAAUGAUAUUGUGGACUGCAAUGUCCUUCUUCCUGCAGUAACACACCGGUGGUCUUUGGGACAAUCAAUCUGGUAGACCAGUCAAUGGAUGGUGGACCAUUGUCCAACCUGAAUGACUAUUGGCCGAAACUAAUGAGGUGUAGAAAAGGUGAGGGUGUAUGGUGUAUAGCUAAACUGGGAUUGGUAGGAGUUUCCAGGCCAUCCUAAUGUGAUUGAUAUUUUGGGGCA